AUGGACGUCAUGAUGCCGCUCAAGAACGGCAUCGACGCCUGUCGCGAGAUCACGGAGAUGCUGCCGGAUACCCGGGUGCUCAUUCUGACGGCCUCCACGGAGGAGGAAGCAGUGAUGGAGGCGGUCGCCGCGGGCGCGACGGGAUACCUUCAGAAGUACUCCGGCAAGGAGAAACUCCUCGUCACGGUCCGGAACGUUGCCGACGGCGAGUACCACAUACCCGGCGACGUGAUAAGGCGGGUGUUCGCCGGAUUUCGCGCCAUGUCGGAACAGAUUAACAUAGAGAGAUGGGCAGGCUGA